AUGGCGGCCGAAAGCGUCGCCGAACAGCGGGAUGAGAAGCCUCAGAGCGAGAAGGUGGACAUCCACCAGUCUGAGGUUCUGGAUAACCCUGAGCUUAUGCAUGAAGCCUUUGAUGGUGAGAAUUAUGAGCAUCAAAUGGGUGUCUGGGAGGCUGCGAAGCAGUACCCCUGGGCUUGUUUCUGGGCCUUCCUCAUGUGCUUCACCAUUGUCAUGGAAUCCUUCGACAUGUUCCUCAACACCAACUUCGUCGCACUCGAUCACUUCUCCAAGGUCUUCGGCGUCGAAACCUCACCCGGUGUCUGGGCCAUCCCGACCAAAUGGCAAAGUGCUCUAUUCCAAUCUGGCCAAUGCGGUGCCUUCGUCGGUGUGUAUCUGGCCGGACCGAUCACUAACAGGAUCGGAUACCGCUGGACGACUAUGCUAGGUCUUGUUCUCAUGAAUGCGACAAUUUUCAUCUCGUUCUUCGCGAACUCCCUCACCCUCCUCGUGGUCGGCCAAGCCCUAGAAGGUGUCCCAUGGGGUUUCUUCAUUGCCAACUCCCCAGCCUACGCCAGUGAAGUCGUCCCUCUGCCCCUUCGCGCUGCAGUCACGGCCACCCUGCAAAUGAGUUGGUCCAUUGGUUCCAUCAUCGUCGCGGGCGCCACCUACGGUUACAACUCUCUCACUACGGAGUGGGAAUGGCGCGCACCACUUGCCUUGCAGUGGAUCUUCCCGACUCCCCUCAUGGUCCUCCUCUUCUUCGCCCCCGAAUCCCCCUGGUGGCUCAUCCGCCGCGGCCGCAAAGAAGAGGCCCUGAAAUCUAUCAAACGCCUGGGCGCCAAAACCGAAGAACAAGCCCACCAAUCCCUCGCCAUGAUCGAGCGUACCGUCAAGAUCGAAGAGGAAACAGGCGGUAAUCCCACGCUUCUCGAUCUCUGGAAGGGUACCGAUCGCAGACGAACAAUCAUCACCUGUCUCAUCUAUGCGUCGCAAAACUUUGCGGGUAACUUGAUUGCGAACCAGGCCACUUAUUUCUUCGAGCGUGAGUCCCUACCCCCAUCCUUGACUUUCCCAGUGGUCUCUCUCUCUGACUUGUCAAUGUAUAAAGAGGCCGGUAUCUCCGCCGACAAAUCCUUCCAACUGAACCUCAUCACCACCUGUCUCCAAUUCGUUGCCAACGCCGUCUCCUGGGUCCUGACCUCCUGGUUCCGCCGGCGCACCGUCUUCCUCUACGGCACCGCCACGAACAUCACCUUCCUCUUCAUCCUCGGUAUCAUCGCCUCCGUACCACAGAACCACAAGACGAACUACGCGCAAGCCUGUCUCGGCGUGAUCAUCUCCGUGGUCUACGCCGGCGCACAAGGUCCCAUCUCGUACACCAUCAUCUCCGAGACAUCGUCGGUGCGACUCCGCGCGUUGAGUACAGCCGUUGGACGGUCCGCAUACUACAUAACUGAAAUCCCGAUGAUUUAUCUCUCGUCGCGGAUGCUCAAUACCACGGGAUGGAACUUGGCCGGCAAGUGCGGGUAUGUUUGGGGAUGUACCGCGCUGGUGGUGUGGAUUGGGGCGUACUUUGGAUUGCCGGAGUUGAAGCAUCGGUCGUAUCGUGAGGCGGAUAUUCUCUUUAAAAGAAAGAUAUCGGCGAGGAAGUUCAAGACGACAGAGAUUGGGGUCGAUGAGAAUGAGUAG